CCCCCGGGACAGGAGCAGCGGUUCCCAGGAGACAUGAGAUGACCUCACUGCGCAGCUCUGCACACAUGGAUCCAUGGAAGCCUUCAACUCAGUUUCCCUUCGGGGACCCAGCAGGCAACAUCUGUCCCCGCAAAGGGAGCGCAGACUGCGUGCUCAGCUGAAUGGGAAGCAUUCUCGGUGCAGGUGGGUUCAGCUGGCACGCACCCAGCGUGUGCCUUCAGGCCCUGCGCUGUCAGAUGGGGUGGGCCGAGGGCUGAAAUACUGGCAGCAGAAUGUUCAGCUCUGCCCAGCAGGGAGAAGAGCUGCGAAGGCGAGGGGAGGAACGGCUGCAAGGUAUUUCUGUCCUUGGCUGGCUGGCUGGCUGGCAGCUGGGACUGGAAGCAGCUACACUGCAUAUCUCACUGCUAAGGGAGAAGGAGGACAGGGGUAAACACAACCAUAGUGGAAGCCCUCCCGCUGAGUCCCGAGGCUCAGAGCGUGCUCCGUUGUGCCCCAGCUGUUGAAGCAUGGCUCUGCUAUCAGUUCUUUCAGUGCCCGUUUUCAGACAGAUUUAUGGCCGUUAAUGUGUUUUAGCCAGAGUGUUACCUGUUGUGUUGUGCAUUGUCUUCCUGUGCAGGGCCUUGUGAGCAAGGCCAGGCUGAAGAAGGGAGCUGCGGGAAGAAGCUGGAGGAGGACGUGAGGGGGAGAAGGGCCUUGUGAGCAGGAUGUGUCUCUCUCCCUAUCCACACUACAGUCACUCACAUUUGCAUCAGCCGUAGCAAGUGGGAAAAGCAGCUACACUGGCUCCAGUUCAACUUGUGCCUUCCAGGCGUGAUCAUCCCAGGCUGCAGGAGAGCAGCAAAUGGCCACAGCACAUCGGUGUCAGGAGCCCGUGAGCUUUGCGGAGGUGGCCGUGUAUUUCAGCAGGGAGGAGUGGGCGCUGCUGGACCCUGCGCAGCGAGCGCUCUACCGGGACGUGAUGCUGGAGACGUACCAGUGCGUGGCCUGGCUGGCUCCUCUUCCAGCCCCCAAGCCUGGGCUGAUCUCCCUGCUAGAAGGAGGGGAAGACCCCUGGAUCCCAGGUGUGCGUAGCCUGGAGGCCGUGCCAGGAGACCUGAGCCCAGCAGGAACUGGGAUUACAGAUAUACUGGAGGAUGUGCAGGAAAGUGGUGUGGCCGAAAGGCGGUGGGGUAGUGCCUGUGUGGGAGAAAUCAGAAGGGAUGUCGCAGGAGGCCUGGAGCAAGGUCAGGGUGAGCACAUCAAGAAGGCACUGGGAAAGCAUCUGGAAGAGAAAGGAAGGAGCCCACUGCACUUCAACAUAGAUGAAAAGCAGGACGUAGAGCCCAGGAGCAAGGAUGUGUGUCAGAUGAAAAAGCAGAAUCCAUGCACUGAGUGUGGGAAAAGCUUGGAAAUAGAUUCCAGUGUCAUUAACCACCAGUGCAUGCAUGCAACGAAGAGCCUGUACAAGUGCUCUGAGUGUGGGAAGAGCUUCAAACGGAGAGCCAAACUGAAACGUCUCCAAUGCAUCCAUACAGGAUGGAGACCCUACAGGCGCUGUGAGUGUGGGAAGAGCUUUAAAAGGAGUUCCCACCUCACCUGCCACCAACGAAUCCACACAGGAGAGAGACCCUUUCAGUGCUCUGAGUGUGGGAAGGGCUUCAACAGCAGUUACAACCUUACCUGCCACCAACGCAUCCACACAGGAGAGAGACCCUUUAAGUGCUCUGAGUGUGGGAAGGGCUUCAAAAGCAGUUAUGAAUUGAAGGUGCACCAGCGCAUCCACACAGGAGAGAGACCCUACAAGUGCUCUGCUUGUGAGAAGAGCUUCAAAAGCAAUUCUGAAUUGAAGCUGCACCAGCACACCCACACAGAGGAGAGACCUUACAAGUGCUCAGAGUGUGGGAAGAGCUUCAGCAGAAGUUCCCACUUCAACUUCCACCGGCACGUCCACUCAAGAGAGAGACCCUUUCAGUGUCCUGCGUGUGAGAAGAGCUUCAAACGCAGUUAUGAAUUGAAGAAGCACCAGUGCAUCCACAGAGGAGAGAGACCCUUUCUGUGCUCUCAGUGUGGAAAGGGCUUCAAAAGGAGUUCCCACCUCACCUGCCAUCAGCACAUCCACACAGGAGAGAGACCCUUUCAGUGUCCCGAGUGUGGGAUGACCUUCAGAAUCUGUUCUGAAUUGAAGUUGCACCAGCUUAUCCACACAGAGGAUAGGCCCUACAAAUGCUCUGAGUGUGGGAAGUGCUUCAAAAGGAGUUCCCACCUCACCUGCCAUCAGCACAUCCACACAGGAGAGAGACCCUUUCAGUGUGCUGAGUGUGGGAAGAGCUUCAAAAGAAGGCCUGAUUUGAAGCAGCACCAGCUCAUCCACACAAGAGAGAGGACCUUUUAGUGUUCUGCGUGUGGAAAGGCCUUUAAAAAGUGUUCUGAACUGAACCUGCAUCGGCGCAUCCAUAUGGAGGAGAGACCCUUUCAGUGUCCCGCGUGUGGGAAGAGCUUCAAAAGAAGAUCCGAGUUAAGGGAGGCCCUGCAAGUGCUGUGAGUGUGGGAAAAGCUUCAAAAGCAGUUCUGACUUGA